AUGGUUAAAUCCUACGAUCGUUACGAACAGGAAAGUUCUUUUGGUGUUAUUGGUGGCCAAUCAAAUAUUGUCUGGCUUCCGCCUGCCCCUACGCAGUCUUCUAAGUCCCUUGGUAGGGCUGCCCUGGGCGGAUUGGAGGAUAUUUUGAUUUGGGAUAUCAAGACCGGAGAACUCAUGACUCGUCUUAAUGACGACUUGACUCCAGGCGCUUCCAAUGCAAAAACUUCUCUGGCACCCUCAACUGUCAUUGUCUUAGCAUACCAUGAACAAACGAACAUUUUAGCUGCGGGCCACAACGAUGGAACUAUCAAAAUUUGGGAUUUGACAUCUGGAUCCGUGAUGGUGACAUUUCUGGGACAUAAAUCCGCAAUUAGUGUUUUGAAGUUUGAUCGCAAUGGUACGCGGGUUGUCUCUGGAUCUGCUGACUCGACAGUGAUUAUGUGGGAUUUAGUUGGAGAAGAGGGUCUUUUCAAGUUGAAGGGCCACAAGAGUCAAAUCACAGGCAUGCAUUUACUCAGCCAGAUGGAAAGAACCGACGAUGAGUUGGAAGACUACCUUGUGACUGUUUCCAAGGACGGUUUGAUUAAGCUCUGGGAAUUGAAGUCAAAGCAAUGUGUAGAAACACAUUUAGCUCACUCUGGUGAAUGCUGGGCUUUGGGCUUGAACUCAGGCAAAGAUAUGCUUAUAACCUGUGGAAGCAAAGACCAGGUGAAAGUGUGGGAGAUAGAUCUUGACAGAGACGAUGGUUCCAAGAUUGUAUCGAAGGGAGAAUUCGAGAAGCAGAGUAAAGCCCGUUGCACGGAUAUUGGAUUCACUUCUGUAAGAGAUGCAUCGGGUACCUAUGAGAUUUUUGCGUUGCAGAAUGCAGACAGAACUACAGAAGUAUUCCGUGUUCGCUCUAGUGAAGAGAUAAAAAAGGGUAUUACAAAGAGAACAAAGAGAUUAAAAGACAAAGGAUUUGAAGAAGAUGAGAUUUUGCAGUCGCUCCGAGAAUCGGAAAUUAGCAUGCUUAUCACACCAUUCACGACUGUGAGAACGACAUCAAAAGUCAAGUCAUGUGUUUGGGUUCCAUCCAAUAGAAAGAACCUAGACCUUCUCCUAGCAUUAACCAACAAUUCCAUAGAGUUCCACAAUAUCCCACUUCCUGAGCAAAUCAGAAAAGCGCAGGUCGGUGACAUACACUCGGUUAAGGCCCACACAAUCGAUAAUUUGGGUCACAGAACAGACAUCAGAGCCAUGGAUGUGUCUGACGAUAAUAAGCUUUUGGCAACUGCUUCCAAUGGCGAAUUGAAGGUGUGGAAUAUUAGAAGUCAUAACGUGUUGCGUACUUUUUCCUUGGAAGGAGGUUAUGCCUUGUGUUGCAAAUUCUUACCUGGAGGCACAUUAGUGGUUGUGGGUUUCAAAAAUGGUGAUUUAGAACUCUAUGACCUUGCAUCAUCUUCUUUGAUUGACCGUGUUGAAAACGCACAUGAAAACACUUCAUUUGUUUCGAGUGGUACAAAGGAUGACAAUGGCUCGGCCAUUUGGUCAAUGGACCUUACUCCAGAUGGAAAGACUUUGGUUACUGGUGGAAAUGAUAAGAAAGUCAAGUUCUGGAAUUUCAAAGUGAGUCAGGAAAUCGUAGCUGGUACCUCAACAGUGGUGUCUUCGUUGAAGUUAGCACAUACUCAGACAUUAGAGGUUACAGACGAAGUUUUGAGUGUAAAGGUUUCUCCUGAUUCGAAAUUCUUGGCCAUUUCGUUGUUAAACAAUAACGUGCAAGUUGUCUUUUAUGACUCGUUGAAGUUAUUCUUGACCUUGUAUGGACACAAGUUGCCCGUUUUGUCUAUUGACAUUUCGUUUGAUAACAAACUCAUCAUCACGUCUUCUGCGGACAAAAAUAUCAAGAUUUGGGGCUUGGACUUUGGUGAUUGCCACAAGUCGAUCUUUGGUCACCAGGACUCUAUUAUGAAUGUUCGGUUCAUUCCAGAGAGCCACAACUUUUUCUCCUCUGGUAAGGAUGGUAUGAUCAAGUAUUGGGACGGCGACAAGUUUCAAUGCAUUCAGAAAUUGCCUGCCCAUCAGAGUGAAGUUUGGGCUCUUAGUGUUAGCAGGGACGGUUCUUUUGUUGUUUCUACAUCGCAUGAUCACUCCAUCAGAGUCUGGAGCGCCACAAACGAUCAGGUCUUCUUAGAGGAAGAAAGAGAAAAAGAGAUGGAUGAACUUUACGAAAAUGAGCUUUUGGAGUCUUUGGAGGGUGACGAUGUGACGGCACGUAAGGAUGAAGAUGGUGAAGAAGGUGAACAAGAUGGCGUUGCAAGCGUCAGAAAACAAACGAUGGAAACAUUGAAGGCAGGAGAAAAGUUGAUGGAGGCACUUGAUAUUGGUGUCGAAGAUCUUGAUAAUGUGGAGCAAUACGAAUUGCAAUUGCAGCAGUAUCAGUCGAAAAAACCUGGGGCAUUCAUGCCUACUAAACCUACGCCCAACUCGAUUCUUGUUGCAUUUGGAGUUACGGGUCAAGAGUAUGUUUUAAACACCAUGCUCAAGAUUCGUUCGACUCAGCUUGAAGACGCAUUGUUGGUUCUCCCAUUCUCUUACACCGUGAAGUUGAUGAGAUUUAUUUCCAUUUGGACCAACAAACAAAACAUCACCAACAACAUUGUCAAUCUUUCACUCAUAUGCAAGGUGUUGUUUUUCGUCAUGCGGACCAAUGCCAAAGAGUUAGUGAGCCAACGUGAUGAGAAGUUAAGAAAUUACUUGGUUGAGGUCAAAACACAGCUUCGUGGCAAAUUGGUUGAGGCAUCCAAGCAGUUAGGAUACAACACAGAAGGUUUGAGAUUCAAGCGGAACCAGUGGAAGUUGAACCACGAGACUGAGUUUAUUGAUGAGGCUGAACAACGAGAGUAUGAGGAGAAAAAAGCGGUGAAACGUACUUUUGCCACGGUAUAG